AUGCGUUUGAACUGUUUAAUCAUACUUUGUCUAGCGCCCCUCGUGUUAGCUGAUGAUUGGGACGACUUUACGAAUAAUCUUGCGACGGACUUGGCACCUUUGAUUACUCUCUUUGGCGAACGGCUCACCAAACAGUUCCUCUCCGAAUCAAUUAGCCUCAUUGAUAAUCUGAUCUUCGCCCUCUCGCCGCUUGGCGUCUUGACAACAGUCGUCUCAGUGAUUCGAGUCUGUGGCGGAUCCUCUCUUCGAGCAUUCAUCGGACGUGCACAGGAAGGGCCUGCAGAAGCCGAAAGCGAAUUGCUUCCAUGUGUCUCCGAGUCAACGGCGGAGCUUUUCAAUGAUGGCGGCAUUUCGAGGGUCUUUGGUCGACCAAAGGUGCUGGAAGUUGUAGCCUGGGAAGAUGAAACGGUAGAAGACGGCAAGCUAUCUCUCAAGCUUGGAACCCUGCUUGAUGCUGUCAAAUCUGGGGCUUGGUCUGAGAAAGGGAAGGAAAAGUGCUCUCCUGACCGGUAUUACCUUCCUGAAAUCGGUGUUCCCAACUUAUCUCUCAACAAGGGAAUUAAAAGAAAGGACCAGAGCUGGUCUUACUGUGUUGCCAUUGUUGGAUCACUCUUGCAGACAGGUGUCAUCGUGUAUUCUAUCAUUACUGUCUUUGUGUCCCCCGAUACAUUUAAAAAGAACGGAUCGGCUGUCCCCAGCUACGCAUUCCCUUUUUACAUAAUAGGGACAACAUUCCUGUUCAUCGGAAUGUUCUUUUCUGCUGUGAUCAUCGAGCGGUCCUCAAAAGAAUACUACUUCAAGCCGAAAAAGUCAAGUACGUUAUACUGGCUCCAACCUGGAAACCAAAAGGUAGGAGACCAAGUAUUUGGCUCAUUCUUGGCUGAGGAUACCGCGCCCGUCAUGUACAUCAAGUCGAUUCGCGAUCACAGAUACGAAGGCCAAUGUUUCGUGAUAUAUUCAACGAUUUCUUUGACCGUCAUCGGGUUCAUCAUGCAAUUUAUCGGACUUCGCGGUCUCCAUGCUUCCGUUAUUCUAGCCUCUUUGGGAGCCACGCUUGUUAUGUCAAUCUUGAGGACUUGUCUACGAACAAAGAGAAUGGCACCAGAAGAAAACAAACUAAAAGAUGAAAGGGAAAUAACAGCCUACAAGCAGCAAGAGCUCGAUUGUUUCGCAUUUAAGCUGGAACAUAUGGUGUCUUUUGAUUUGAUCUCCCAGGAUCAUUGUAAUACAGCGUCGGUCGGCUCUUGUUUGGAGCAAAGAAGGGACUCAGAACUCAUAGCCAAGCGUCUGAUUCAAACUAGAGUACGUCUAGCCGAGCUCACCUCCGGGUCACAUGAUGGCUCUACCAUGGCAUGGGAUGAAAUGCCCAUUCGGAGCGCUGCAAAAAACCUCGCUCGAACAAUUGAGACUACAAUGGACGUGAUGUCGAGUUGGGGUAUCGAAUUCGGCGAGUCGUUCAAUUUCCCGCUCGAUGUUGAGUGCCAACGAGUAUCCGGGACACUAUCUCGGACAACCUGCCUUGUACAGCCAUCGAGAAGCGGUGAUACCCUCAGAUGGUGUGUGGAAUCAAAGUACCUUGAGGCAAUAUUAGGACUAUGGACAUGGUCACUCUACAAAUCAGAACAAGACUGGCUUCAACCACUCUACCGCCUUGUCGGAGUGGAUGAAGCUGAGGCGCAGGGAGAAGCAGCAUACCAUAAUUUCCACAAGUGGAUAUUCCGACAAACGGAGGCAAGAAUGGCCUCCUUGAAAUUGAUCGACUCAUCACGUCGUCUCUUUGGAUGUGAUGCUGAUCAGUUCGCACACGGUAACGAUAUAAUGGUGAUGAGAACAGAGAACGAUCUUGAGUACAUGGCAGCCCAGGACAUCUAUGUUCAUUUCAUCAAGGCUGCUUUCGACCAUCUCACCAACCUUGGUGGUAGUUUCGACGUCAAUGUCGGGCUCAUGGGCUCUUAUGUGGCCGAAAGCAGUCGAAUCAACGAGUUGGUCGGUUGCUUCGAAAGCUGCAGGCUGGGUUCAAGGGAAGAUGCACUGCUGUGCAUGGUUCCUAUGCUGAAUCGAAAGAGCAUGUUGCCAGCACUAGCAGCCGAUUCCAUCCAUAUAAGGAAGCGCACAGGCCGUUCAAUAAAUGAGAACGACUGGGCAACAGCAUUUCGUCUUGUGGAAUGGACCUGUCAGCGCUCAAUCGAAGAUAGUUACACCUAUUCGCUGUACGAACUUGGCUAUCUCUGUCGUCGGGCGUUAUUAUCAAACAAGAAAGAUUCGCAAUUGCUGGGGUUCAUCUACACGUGCAAGAUUCUUGAGUCAGAGACUCAAAUCGGCUUUCUGCAAACACCAAUAAUGUCGCUAUCCUCUACAUGGCAAGAAUCGGGGGUGAAUACAACUUUGUGGCACUCAUUUUCCAAACAAAUUGGAUGGAUGGCGUGGCACAUCUCUCAAAGAGUACCUGGCAUGGAAUGGAUGCAGAAAGACCUAGAGAGACUCAAUGUUCAACAAGACCUGGGCCUCUGCGAAGUAGCAAGACUUCAUAAAGAGCAGGCUCUUGUUGGUGUGCACGCGAUGCAAGAAUUGCUCACCUUCAAUCAGCUUGACCGUCAAAAUGAGCUCGCAAAGCCUGAAGACGCCCUGGGAUAUUGGUGGGCAUCUGAGAGUGGAUUUGAUGCUCUGGUAUACUCCGUGCUUGCGCAAUGGGCAGAAAGUGGAGCAGAGAACUCAUCCUCCGUUCAAUACGCAUUCACUAUUGCAGCAAAGUGUCACUCCCAUUGGGGGAUUCAAGUCCUUCAACGACGCAAUGCUGAUAUCGAUGCAUUGAACGGUGUCGGAAGAUCAUCCUUGAUGGAAGUGGUUGAUAUUGGAGACAUUGAAGCCGCUCGGACUCUACUCGCCAAUGGAGCAAAUCCUAAUGGUAAUGACAAAGUCCCAGGAAUGAGACCUUUGAUCAUAGCGGCCCAAAGAGGAUGGACUUCUAUGGUGGAGCUUCUUCUUUCCAAUAGAGCAGCUACAGAGGUAUUGGAUUCUUUGGGCUGCUCUGCCCUGUACUGUGCGACCAUUGAGAAUCAUGUCGAAGUCGUCCGUUUGUUGCUAUCUCAUGGUGCAAAUGCUAACAAGCAGGCUGGCGGGUCUUCAGCACUCUCCUCUGCUGUAGCUUGCAAUCGAGUUGAACUGGUCAGAAUGCUUUUGGAGUAUGGGGCUGAUGUUGACACAACCACGGCCAGCACAGGUUCAACUCCGUUGACGCGUGCGGCUCAAUCAGGAAAUGCAGGCAUGACUCGCCUGCUGUUAGAAAACGGCGCCAAUAUACAUGUACUAGAUGGAGAAGGGCUAACGGCUUUAGACUGGGCCCAGAGAUGUGGAUGUGAAAGCACCGUGGCAAUAUUGGAAGCUGCUGUCGGCAAUUCCGUAUGA